AUGUCAGCCGUAGAAGCUGAGGCGAACGAUCAAGUUAUCACUGGUAAGGUUCUUGUUUCUUCUGUUCAUGCUUUAUCGCUCUUUGAUUUUGGAGCCUCUCAUUGUUUCUUGUCUCGUCGAUUUGCCAGUGUACAUUCUCUUUCUAUAACUCCUUUUACUACGGGCUGGAAUAUCAACACUGGCAGUGAUGUCUUAGUAGCUUCCAGUAGUUAUGAAGCAUGCCCUGUGGUUAUCUGCGGGAGAGAACUCUUUGUAGACUUUCUGGUGAUUGAUUUGCUAAGCUUUGAUGCAGUAUUUGGGAUGGAUUGGUUGGGGUCGUUCUUUACCACCAUUGAUUGUCGUCAUCAGAGCGUAGUAUUCGAGAUACCAGAUCACCCGAGAUUUGAGUUCACUAGUGGUAGCAUAUCGGCUAGACCUGUGGAGUUCAGAGCUAGACCGAAGAAGGCGACGUUAGCUGCAAUGCAAGUAGAAUCCGAGAAGCUAAUUAUAGUUCGAGAAUUUGACGACAUAUUUCCCGACGAUAUUUACGGAUUACCACCGGAUUGA